AUGACCCAAGAGAGCAAGCUUCAGAAACUGUCCUGGGAGUACAGGUUCUCUCCUCCAAGAUUAGCGCUGUACGUAUAUGAAUAUCUGCUCCAUGUAGGAGCACAGAAAUCGGCGCAGACGUUUUUAUCAGAGAUAAGAUGGGAAAAAAACAUCACACUGGGGGAGCCCCCAGGAUUCUUGCACUCCUGGUGGUGUGUAUUUUGGGAUCUCUACUGUGCAGCUCCAGAAAGACGAGAAACAUGUGAACAUUCAAGUGAAGCAAAAGCCUUUCAUGACUAUAGUGCUGCAGCAGCUCCCAGUCCAGUGCUAGGAAACAUACCCCCAGGAGAUGGCAUGCCAGUAGGUCCUGUACCACCGGGGUUUUUUCAGCCUUUCAUGUCCCCUCGGUACCCUGGAGGUCCAAGGCCACCUUUAAGAAUACCCAAUCAGGCACUCGGAGGUGUCCCAGGGAGUCAGCCAUUAUUGCCUAGUGGAAUGGACCCAACACGGCAGCAAGGGCAUCCAAACAUGGGUGGGCCAAUGCAGAGAAUGACUCCUCCAAGAGGAAUGGUUCCAUUAGGACCGCAGAACUAUGGAGGUGCAAUGAGACCCCCACUGAAUGCUUUAGGUGGCCCGGGGAUGCCUGGAAUGAACAUGGGUCCUGGGGGUGGUAGACCUUGGCCAAACCCAACCAAUGCCAAUUCUAUACCUUAUUCUUCAGCAUCUCCUGGGAACUAUGUGGGUCCUCCGGGAGGUGGAGGGCCACCAGGAACACCUAUCAUGCCUAGUCCUGCAGAUUCAACCAACUCUGGAGACAACAUGUACACUUUAAUGAAUGCAGUACCACCUGGACCCAACAGACCUAAUUUUCCAAUGGGGCCAGGGUCAGAUGGACCUAUGAGUGGACUGGGUGGAAUGGAUUCACAUCAUAUGAAUGGAUCAUUAGGCUCAGGAGACAUGGACAGUAUUUCCAAAAACUCUCCCAGUAAUAUGAGCAUGAGUAAUCAGCCUGGCACUCCCAGGGAUGACGGCGAGAUGGGGGGAAACUUCCUAAACCCUUUUCAGAGUGAGAGCUACUCCCCUAGCAUGACAAUGAGUGUGUGAUCCGUUAACAAGUCUCGCCAUGAAGACCACAGUGAGUUGGCCCUCUUCAGAGAGCUACUGCAGAAGAAAAUUAUUCAUCCCAGUGUACAGUCUAACAAAAGGAUCUCAGACACAAUCAGACCCACCUUUUUAUUUUCUGCCAUCUCCCCCGUUCUGUCAAGACAGUGGGUCCCAAACAUGAUUGAGGCAACUGUAAAGAGUGGCGUAACAGAACUGCCCAAGAUGGAACUGCAAACAAUUAUCUGUGUAUGUACAUGUGUGGGUUAAUGUAUAUGUAUGUGUGUGUGCUAUAGAAAUACACACAUACAUAUAUAGACCCACAGGACAUUGUAAAGUAUUAUGACAUGACAUCUUAAGUAGAAAUGAAAAGUAGGGACUUCUAUUCCAUUUUUUUUUUUCCACGUUUACAUUUUAAUUAUUAAAAUUUACUUUCCCUCUCCCCUCCUGAACUGUUUUAUGUUGCAUAUAUCACUGCUUUAUAAGUUAUUUUUUAAGGUGAACUGAAAUGAUAAAUUCUUCUGAUUUUGUAAAUGUCUGCCAUUAUGGUUAGGAAUAAAAUUGCUUAUAAGAGCUUUCAU